UGUGAAAGGAAUGGUUCCUUUUGGAUGUGGUGGAAAUUAUGCCAAAGCUUUGGGCACCAAUAGCCCUGCCUGGGAGAAAUUGGGAUGUGCUGUAUACUGCUGGCAUAAGGGAAAUCACUUAUGACAGUGAUGCAAGGAUACGAUAUUAGAUGGCGUUAGUGCGGCCAUUAUUUCAAGAGGCUUUUGUGAGCAAAGCAUGGCUUACGUAGCAAUGGUUGCUAAGGAAGGUAGCAAGUGAGAGUUACAAGUCCCGAGGUCACCAGAAAAUCUUUUCAUGUCCCACACUAUAGGUUGCAACAUCUUUCGGCGUCUCCAGCUUCCCAACAGCCACCUAUAAAUAGUGGCCUCUGCAGUUCUCCCAGCAGUCCAAAAUAUUCUGUUUUACCAAGAAGAUCAGUACAUAGAAAAACACGAUCCCAGGGACUAUUUCUGACUUUGGGAUGAUGUUUUAAGUAUCUCGAGUGUGGACGUAAGCUUGACUCUAACCAUGAUUAGGAAUCCAAAUCUCACUGACUUCGUGUGCUGUGCAGUAUGUGACAAAAUUGUACCUUCGCCUCCUUCUGCAGAUUCAUUCCGUCUCAUCCAUGAAUACAAGCCUUUUAAAACACGCUUUUACACUCACAGGGAUAUACUAGAGAUUGGGUUAAAUCUUCAACACAAAGAAGAAGAGAAUAAUCAGCUGCAAAUCAAGAAGUGUGUUGAAAAAGCACAAGCUGCAGUGUGGGCUCAGGCCAAGAUUGUAAAAGAAUCAGCAGUGGAGCAAGCCAUCAAUAACGCAAACACCAAGCACCUUCAUGAACUAGAAAUCUUAGAAAAGGAGCAUGAAAAUGCCAUAAAGGAAGCAGUGAAGCAAGCCAAGGAAGAAACGCUUCAUUACAUGGAAGACCAGAUGAAGAGGGAAUCUGAAGCCGCUGAGCAGCGCAUGGUCCACAGAAUCCAGAGGAUCUUGAUGGAGUGUGCGGUGGAGAAGCUCCAGGCAGUAGAAGAAGCUAGACGGGAGGAAAGGGAGUUGGCAUUUGAAGCUCUGUGUCUCCAAAAAAGAAAAAACAAGCUUCAACUCAAAGAAGCUGGUUUGAUUGCCUCCCAGAAGCAUGAGAAAAAUCUGGAGCAACUAAGCAAAGAAAAGCACCAUGAAAUAAGCAUUGCUUUCGGCAUCACUCAAAGAAAGAAGCAAGAGGAAACACAAGAAAUGAUGAAAGAGGUGGAGACCACACAUAAGGCGCGACUUAAUGAUAUGACAACUAAACUCACAGACACCCAAAAUGAACUGCAGGGCCUAGUGGAACAACUGGGAAAAAUGACAUCUCUGAAGGACUUCCUGGAAGCAGAAUUAUUGGAAACAAGAGAAGCAUUUCAAAAGUAUAUUAAUUUCACAUAUCCUGCCCUAGCCCCAGGGCAAGCAGAUUUUAUUCUGCCAAAAAGGAAAAAAAAGGGGUUGUUAAAAGCUGAUCAAAGAAGCCACCUUGAGAAGACAAAGAUUUGACUUCCCUGAAACUGCAUCGGUGUUUGCGGUUUAACUUAAUAAAUGAUACAGUCUGGCCUCAG